GCAGACACAAUGCCUUCGAGAUCAGGUGACCAUUGGGCAACAACGUCCGAAAAGCGUGUGCCUCGGCCUCGCUGAAAACUUCAAUAACUCCAUAGUUCUAGCUUCUGGAUCCGUCAAGAGCAACCUUCGAUACCAUCGCACAUUGCUCAUGGAGUCUUCCUUUUCAUCGAGACGCCAGCUAUCGGUUCAGCAGGCCGACAGUACGACUGGCGGCACGGAUGAUGGCCCGCACCAGCUAUCCACGAUCACAGAGAUCCCUCUGAUUCGGAACAAGAAACUGCCGAAAGUCUGUAAACGAUGCAAAAAGAUCGAUUUCAAAGCCGCUUUCGGCAUGACACUCUUCUCACCCGAGUUCGUUUUCUUUCUUGGAAAGCUUGAAAAGGAGGGAUCAUGCAUACUUUGCCGGUUUUUUUAUUCGAUGCGGUGUCGACCGAAAGAAAACAAACGCCAUGGGGAGAUAGGGGUCUACACCUUGCGAUCGUAUGAUUUCAAGACCAUACUUACAGGCACAGACUCGGCGGCCUACGAUGUGCAUGGUUGUGCCCAUUCUAGGGUCCUCUGCGUUUUGGCCGGCGAGCCCGAUUAUUAUGAAGGUGAUCAUGAGUUUCCGACAAGCGGGCAUUGGAUUGUUCCCCAAGUCUCUUCGACUGGGCCAUUCUUCGACAGCAACUACGCAGAACCCCACCUAACCGCCCUACCUUUCUUCCCGGGAUCAAUCAAUUAUUCUUUACUACGGGCUUGGUGCGAACGAUGUGAUAAUCAUCACGAAACAUGUGCAUCAGGCACAACAAAAACCGGUGACAAGCAAUCGGCCGGGCCUGUGGUACGAUGCAUUGAUUGCCAUACACGGGAGGUCGUCGAGAUAAACACUUCGGACAGGUAUCUCGCUCUCAGUUACGUUUGGGGCGCGCAGUCCGCACCGGUGAGCGCAGAUGAUAUAGGUACUACGCAAACACUCUCGCCAAAGAGCGUACGUCUGCUUCCCAACGCUAUACCUAAACUUAUCGAAGACGCAAUGAUCGUUGUAAACCGUCUUGGGGAGCGGUACUUAUGGGUUGAUCAAUAUUGUAUUGAUCAAAACAACGCGGACGAAAAGCACGCUCAAAUCGAGAACAUGGCUUUCAUCUAUGAAGGAGCUUAUGCAACUAUCGUUGCAUUUUCAGCAUCAAACUCAGCCUCUGGUCUUCGAGGUGUCAAUAAUCUUCCAAGAAAACCAUAUCCCUCGGUACCACAAACAAAGCAUCCAUGUCCUCUUUCAGCUCUUCGGCCAAGUGCUAUCAAUUCUGCGCAGUUGGUCGCCUCUUCAGUUUGGAUGACGAGAGGAUGGACUUAUCAAGAAGCCAUCUUGUCACGUCGUCUGCUAUUUUUCACGGAUUACCAGGUUGAGUUCAUCUGCUCGAACGCUGUGUGGCAUGAAUGUACUGUACCCCAAAUGGAGGGUAAAUAUUCGGGAGGACGGAGACGGGCAUUGGGAGUGAACUUUCUCAGAGCGAUAUCGCCAACAGAAAGACCAGAGUGGGACGACAUAACCCCUGUGUCCACGGAAGAGCUCUUCGGAUACAUCGAAGAAUACAGUGGGCGACACCUGAGUUAUCAAUCCGAUGCUCUGAACGCUAUAACUGGCCUGUUGUCACGCAUAUCAGUCGUCACAUAUUUGGGCAUACCUGUCUAUGACGCAUCGGAUUUUAAGGAACUUGAGAGACGCUCUCCAACUCCAAUUGAUGUAGAUGCAUACAAGCAGAGUCUGCUGGUGGAGUUUCUUGUCUGUCUCACAUGGUAUCCCGCCCAUGAAAGCUUGCUGAGAAGAGAUGCCUUUCCCAGUUGGUCCUGGCUCGGCUGGGAAGGACAAGUCAAAUUUCCAGAUAUCGGUCCAGGGAUAUAUGGAUAUGGUGCCGAAGUGAGUUCACUUUGGAUUCCACAGCAGGUCACGCAUGACAAUGGCGAGAUACAGGUCCCAUUCCUUCAGUUUCUACAAGGGAAUCUCUUGGAUGAAGGGACAACUAGUGUCCUACCACACGUGAGCAAGUACCUCUGGGUAGAAGGCCCGGUAAUGAAGAUGAGCUUUGCCCUUGAACAAUCAAUUCCCAAUGGCUCCAGACACGAGUCCUUCGUCUUCAGAAACUCUCGUCCAUCUAUGAGCGUCAUGGAAUGGGGAUUAUGGGACUCGCCGAGGAUCAGUUAUCGGACCUGCAAACCUGACAGUCAAAGCCAGGAGACUAUGCAUCAAAGAGUCAUCACAGAGGAAUGGGAUUGUCUCUUACUUGCCUUCAGGACAUUGCGCGGCGAGUUUCACGGUCAUUUUCUCAUUCUAGAUCAAAUUCGGCUGGAUGCGGACACAGAAGCUGAAGACUAUCACUCUGUAGUUGGGUCGGCCGAGCUACAUCUUGUUUCUGAGGAGUUGAACAAGCAACCACUCUUUAUUGAGGACUUGACCGAGCAAGAAUUUGGUCCAGGUUCUUUCAGUGGUAUAUCGGACCCCACUCUACGACGGAAGAUAAAGCUGGGCUAGUCGACGACGCCUCGUCAAGCGACUCAACUCUCAGAUUGGACUAGUGGACAUGAAUCUCGGCUGUAAGGAAAGACGUUUGGCACUCUUCACUCCUUACCGCUGACGCAGAAGCGGACCGUUCCACUUAUGUCAAAUCUUGGUCAACAAGCAUGGAACCGAUGCCAUCUCUUUUA